AUGAUCUUGGUCAUCACCACUCACACCCACCACUAGUAUUACAACCCAUAAUAACAACAAUAAUAAUCUGUAUAUAAGUGUACGAUAGGCACCAAAAGCCCAUUGAUUUGUGUGUUAUUCGUGUCCAACAAACAGUGUUUUAAUAAAUAAAUUGUUUUUUGUAUUCAUUUCAUAGUUUUAAUUAUACUUAUAAUAAGUGUUUAUAACUAAUUUUGUGUAAGAUAUCCUGAGGGAGAGAGUGAGACAUACAUUGGUGUGGAUCUGGUAGUGGUGUCAGUGAACGCCAUGUCUAUGACCUCUAUGUCCGCCAUUACGACUACCGGUGCGGGAGCGCCGGUGUCUAAGCCGCGACCGAAGCGCGUGGAGGUCCGGUGGCUAGAGUCGGAGUCGGAGCUGUAUCUGAAGCAGUGGCAGCACCGGUACCACCAGUUGGUCGGUCUGGACAUGAAUUAUCAGCAAAUGUGCCGCAAGUCGAGCGCCGCCUCCGAUGACUUCGACGACUGGCUGACCGGCUCGGGGAAGACGUUACUGGACUUGGAUCUCGACUUCCAGGCCAUUAACACCAAGAACAGUAAUUUCAUUAUCAGUAACAGCAAUACCAGCGCCGACAGCACCACCACUGGCGGCCAUCAGCGACAGACAAUCACCGCAUUUGAUCACAUCUUCUGGUCGACGGACGACCCGCUCGUCAAGAGUGCCAAGAACUCGGCCACCAAUAAGAGUAACAAACGGUUCAAGAAGUCGGUGUUUGGGCUGACGGCCGGCCCCCCAGACGGACAAGACUUUAUGGGUCGCCGGCGACGCAAUACCGGCGCCAACGACGAGGGUAUGGACUGCGAGGAGAUGGCCAGCGAUGGCGAGGAGAACGACUCGUUUGAGAACAUGAGGUUCACUCCCAUCAAGAGAUUUGCCAAUAAAACCAAUAAUAAGAAGAAUAAUCGCAAUAAAAACGAUAUCAUAUUUGGCGAAAAAGAGCGACAAUUUUCGAUAGACUUAAACAAACGACUGGAACUGUUGGCCAAAGACCAGGCGCUCAGUAACACCGAUACCGUGACCGCUGUUAUCGAUGAGGCGGUGCUGAAGGCACGACAGCCUAAGUCGCGACAGAGGGACAGGACUCGACCACCACGGCCGCGACCGCCGCCCAUACGGCGCCAGAUAUUCAAAUGCGAGCACUCGGGCUGUUCCUACCAAUCGGACCGUAACUUUAAUUUCUUGCGCCACAAACGCACGCACCGGAAGACCACUCCCGGCGCCGAUGAGGCGGCCGCGGCCACCGCUAACGGCGUCAAAGUGUUGACUAAUCUGUGCGUCGCGGCGGCGAUCAAGUCGGCGCCCACACCACUGGCCAAAGUGAUGGGCGUCCAGACCAUCGACAUCGUGAACGGCAACGCAAAUCCAAAGCUGUUUAUCACACAAACUUCCAACACAUCCGACACCACUUCCUCCACUUCAUCGUCCAUCGCGUCGGCCCUGUCUGUGACCACCAGCAGCACCGGCAGUGCCGUCGACAGUAUGGGCAGCACUACCAGUGCCGACGACUUGAACGCGUUGCUGUUGAAGACGGUGACGCCUAUGACACCCGUCGCGGCCACCGCUCCCACACUCGACCGUCUCCUCAAGAGUUGUGAUACAUCUGAAGAUACCUUUAAAGUGAUUACUAAUAAUACCAACAGUUGUGAAGACAUUAAUAACCACUCAUAUCAUCCACACUCAUGCCUCGACUAA